GGCCCUGCAGAGCAAAGCGCCAUCACACGCAGCGGCCACGACGAGCAGCGGGCAGGGCGACACCAGGGUCACCACAGCGGCUCCACCACGCUCUUCAUUACCGACACAUCCCUCCAUCAUAACGGUUAUGGAUUACUCAGCUGCGGAUUAUUAGAAGCGUUUGAAACUGAUUAUAGAUAAUGGGCUGUGUGCAAUGCAAGGAUAAGGAAGCAACCAAACUCACGGACGACCGAGACACCAGCAUCUCCCAGGGAGCCGGCUACCGAUAUGGGGCCGACCCCACACCGCAGCACUACCCCAGCUUCGGGGUCACCGCCAUCCCCAACUACAACAACUUCCACGCCCCCGUUGGACAGGGGAUGACGGUCUUCGGGGGGGUCAGCACAUCCUCUCACACUGGAACCCUGAGGACUCGUGGUGGGACGGGAGUCACCCUCUUUGUGGCACUUUAUGACUACGAAGCGCGGACAGAAGACGACCUCAGCUUCCGGAAAGGAGAAAGGUUCCAGAUUAUCAACAGCACUGAAGGGGACUGGUGGGAUGCUCGCUCGCUCACCACUGGUGGCAGUGGCUACAUUCCCAGUAAUUACGUGGCUCCAGUGGACUCCAUCCAGGCUGAGGACUGGUACUUUGGUAAACUGGGCCGUAAGGAUGCCGAGAGGCAGCUGCUGUCCACCGGCAACCCUCGAGGAACCUAUCUCAUCCGGGAGAGUGAAACCACAAAGGGUGCCUUCUCCUUGUCCAUACGAGACUGGGACGAUGUGAAAGGUGACCAUGUCAAGCAUUAUAAGAUCCGCAAGCUGGACAGUGGCGGCUACUACAUCACCACCAGGGCUCAGUUUGACACGCUGCAGCAGCUGGUUCAGCACUACUCAGACCGAGCUGCUGGGCUCUGCUGUCGCUUGGUGGUUCCCUGCCACAAAGGGAUGCCCCGCCUCGCCGACCUGUCCGUUAAAACCAAAGACGUGUGGGAGAUCCCGCGGGAGUCGCUGCAGCUCAUCAAGCGUCUUGGGAACGGACAGUUUGGGGAGGUCUGGAUGGAGAGUGCGGAUGGUUUGUGCUUUAAUUUAACGGCCGUGUGUGUGAACUACAUCCCUGACACUGUGGGCUUGAGUCAUGAUGCCUGGGAGGUCAGCAGAGACACACUUGAGUUGGAACUAAAGCUGGGGACAGGAUGUUUUGCUGAUGUCUUUUACGGAACGUGGAACGGCACCACUAAGGUGGCAGUGAAGACUCUGAAGCCUGGCACCAUGUCCCCCGAGUCCUUCCUGGAGGAGGCUCAGAUCAUGAAGAAACUCCGCCAUGACAAGCUGGUGCAGCUCUACGCCGUGGUGUCUGAGGAGCCCAUUUACAUCGUCACAGAGUACAUGGGCAAAGGAAGCCUGCUGGACUUCUUGAAGGAUGGAGAAGGACGAGCGUUGAAGUUGCCUAACCUGGUGGACAUGGCAGCACAGGUGGCCGCGGGCAUGGCCUACAUCGAGAGGAUGAACUACAUCCACAGAGACCUGCGCUCCGCCAACAUCCUGGUGGGAGACAACCUGGUGUGCAAGAUCGCUGACUUCGGCCUGGCCAGGCUCAUCGAAGACAACGAGUACACCGCUCGGCAAGGUGCAAAGUUCCCCAUCAAGUGGACCGCCCCCGAGGCUGCGCUGUACGGGAAGUUCACCAUCAAGUCGGACGUGUGGUCGUUUGGCAUCCUGCUGACGGAGCUGGUCACCAAGGGUCGGGUGCCUUACCCGGGCAUGAACAACCGCGAGGUGCUGGAGCAGGUGGAGCGAGGCUACAGGAUGCCGUGCCCCCAGGACUGCCCCAUCUCCAUGCACGAGCUCAUGCUGCAGUGCUGGAAGAAGGACGCCGAGGAGCGGCCCACCUUCGAGUACCUGCAGGCCUUCUUGGAGGACUACUUCACAGCCACCGAGCCUCAGUACCAGCCCGGGGACAACCUCUAGACCCCCUGUCUCGCCCGGGGGAAGGGGGGCGGCCCGGGGGGCUGGGACAGGACUGGCCCAAUCAGCGCUGUUACAAAAACUCUGGAGCCUUCCCAGCCAGGCCUUUAUUUUAGGGAUCUGUACAGCUUCCUCAGCUCGCCCCGAGCAUUUCCAGUUCAACCACCAACCCCUAAAACCCCCCAACCCUCGGACUCCGACGGGCCCCGCCCGGGUCUGCACCAAGUACAGGAAGAUGGGGAGGUGGAGGACGCACAGAGUUAACUGGGGUUAGGGUUAAUGCAAUGUAUUCAGUGUAAAUAAGAAAGGCUUGUUUUAGUUUUAAUUGUUUGCUUUAAGAUUUUUUCUCCUGCACAAAAUAAUGAUGAUGACCAACAUGACGAAGGCAAAAGAAGAGAAGGACGUUGUACGUGUAUUAUACUGCAGCUCCUGUAUUAUGUUCUAGAGAUUGAAUUGGAAGCCUCCAUAUAUUUUUUUCUAAUUUUCCAUAAUGUGUAAAGAAAAAAAAAAGAUUAUUGCUUUUAUUCCUGACUUUUUGGUUCAUAGUAUUGCAGAGGCUUCUUCAGACGAGCAUGACGCAGUCCUCCAUCGGCCUUCUGUUCUUCUCUUGCACCCCCCCCCCCACCCAAAAAAAAGCUUCCUCAGAGCGCCUGUUGCUGUAUGGGACAAGGUUCUUUUACAAACGAUAUACACACUCACAUUUUUGUGAAUGAGAGCCGAGCGUGUGAGGAUUUUGAACAUAUCCCUCCUCGCUUAUAACUCGGAAACAAUUUGGGUGGAAAAUAUUUCUGUCUUUAAAGAAAGGUUGAGUUAAUUUAAGAAGAGAGUACCGUAUGUACGACUUAUUGGUCGCUCCUCGCCAGGACGGCUUUUGUUUUCCUGGGGGAAGUCAGCGUGGACGGUGGCGUUUUCCUCUCCAUCUCUGAACCUGGACCAGCUGAACCUGGACCAGCUCCCCUCCCGAGUUAUUUCUUCUUUUAUGUUCUACUGACACGGUCAUAUUUUAUCAGUAUUUUGAGUCUUUGCUUUGAGUAUGUUCUUAUUUAACCCUUUUAAAGUGAUCCCAGUCGUACUGUAUGAUCAGGAGGCUCUGGGGCCGAUUCACGUUGCAAUUCAGAAUGGAAAAUAAAGAUUUUAAGGUUUGAAUUCACAAAGGAACCCACUGAAUUGAAAAUGGAUCCAACCCACCCUGAUCUGAUCUUAAUGCAGAUGGUUUUCGUGGCCAAUGGAAAAGCCUUCAUGUGUCAGUUGUACAGCUAAAUGUUUUUAAGUGUCGCUAAUUUCCCUCCUUUAUAUCUUUUCAUUUCCAUUUUUUUUUUAACACAACUUGUUUUGUUAAUUCAGUGAUUUGGCGUUUGGAAUUCAGAAAAGAACAAUAAACAUUUUACACUCUUUCCAACACA